GCCCAGAGGAAAGAUGGCGGCGCCAGCGUCGUCGCGGGGGCGUCGCGCCCGCCCGGAGCCGUUCCCGGUCCGCCUUUUCCCGGAAGAAAGAUGGCCGCGGCCUAGGAGCGUCCCGUCGGAGGCGUCACGGGCGCUCGGGCCCCGCUCGGCCGAUCCUGGGCGAGCGGAGGGAGGCCGCUCCUGGCCACACUUGCAGCCCGUCCUGCAUCCCAGACCCAGGGCGGCCAUGGCGUGCAGGCAGGUCCCCCUCAGCGGCCUGGCUCCUCACUGCCUCUGGCUCUUGGGGGUCAUCCUUCUGAUGGAUGUGUCUGCCCGGCCUGCCAACCACUCAUCUGCUCGGGAGAGAGCUGGCAGCAAGGAUGAGCGUGAGCUCCUGCCCCCAGACCACCUGAACGGGGUGAAGCUGGAGAUGGACGGGCACCUCAACAAGGACUUCCAUCAGGAGGUCUUCCUGGGGAAGGACACAGAUGGGUUUGAGGAGGAUGCGGAGCCGCGGAGGAGCAGGAGAAAGCUGAUGGUCCUCUUCUCCAAGGUGGACGUGAACACGGACCGGAGGAUCAGUGCCAAGGAGAUGCAGCGCUGGAUCAUGGAGAAGACGGCGGAGCACUUCCAGGAGGCCGUUGAGGAGAGCAAGGUGCACUUCCACGCUGUGGACCCCGAUGGCGACGGCCACGUGUCGUGGGACGAGUACAAAGUGAAGUUUCUGGUGAGCAAAGGCCACAGCGAGCAGGAAGUUGCGGAGAAGAUGAGGAACGGGGAGGAGCUGAAAGUCGACGAGGAGACACAGGAAGUGCUGGAGAACCUCAAGGACCGCUGGUAUCAGGCGGACAGCCCCCCCUCAGACCUGCUUCUGACCGAGGACGAGUUCCUGUCAUUCCUGCACCCUGAGCACAGCCGUGGCAUGCUCAAGUUCAUGGUCAAGGAGAUUGUCCGGGACCUGGACCAGGACGGCGACAAGCAGCUCUCACUGCCUGAGUUCAUCUCUCUGCCCGUCGGCACAGUGGAGAACCAGCAGGGCCAGGACAUCGAUGACAGUUGGGUCAGAGACCGAAAAAAAGAGUUUGAGGAACUGAUCGACGCCAACCAUGAUGGGAUCGUGACCAUGGCUGAGCUGGAGGACUACAUGGACCCCAUGAACGAGUACAACGCCCUUAACGAGGCCAAGCAGAUGAUCGCCAUCGCCGACGAGAACCAGAACCAGCACCUGGAGCCCGAGGAGGUCCUCAAAUACAGCGAGUUUUUCACGGGCAGCAAGCUGAUGGACUACGCCCGCAACGUGCACGAGGAGUUCUGAGCCCACGCACCCCCCCGCCACCCCCCCGGGCCGGCCG